AUGUUACUCGCGGAAAAGCAAUUCGAAAAGACAAUUAAAGGUCGCCUAGUAUACCAAGGCGAUGGAACUUGUGAAUGGUUAUCGCGAGAGGACACUGCAAGUCCAACUGCUUCGCAAGAAGCCACCACCACUUCUUGUGUUAUUGAUGCACAUGAAGAAGGUAGAGAUGUAAUGACAAUGGACGUGCCUAACGCUUUCAUUCAAACUUAUAUGCCUGAAGCUAAGGAAGGAGAAGAUCGUAUCUACAUGAAAAUCACUGGCAUGAUGGUCCAGAUAUUGAUUGACAUGGCCCCAGAGUAUUGCGAAUACGUUGUUUUAGAGAACGGAAAUGAUUUGGAGGCAAAGGGAUUUGUUUUCAAUCCGUAUGACCCGUGUGUUGCUAACAAAGUUGUUGAUGAAAAGCAGCAAACUAUCAGAUUUCAUGUUGACGAUCUUAUGUCAAGUCACAUGGAUCCAAAAGUAAAUGACGAAUUUGCUAAGUGGUUGAACAUGAGAUAUGGUUCGAUCAAGGUAUGUACAAUCGUCAGAGGAAAGAUACACAGAUAUCUUGGAAUGACUUUGGAUUUCUCGGUGAAAGGAAAACUCAAGAGCCGCAUGGACGACUAUGUCAAUAACAUGUUGGAAGAUUUUCCUAUCAAGUUCAACAAGGAUUCAAAGCAGGAAACACCAGCUGGUAACAAUUUACUGGAGGCUGGUAAAGGAAAGUUACUCAAUGCUGAGUACCGUCAAAUCUUCCAUACUACUGUUGCAAGGGGACUAAGAGAGCUUGUUUGGAUAUCCAUCCAAUGA